UGCGCCUUCACCGAGCCUCUUAUUAUGUCGGUUUUAUUAUCUGCCUCUUUUAUUUAUCAAUCUUUUAUUAUUUUGCCACCCCAGAAAAACAGAGGGUGAUUAAAUUUUCUGGGUUUAUUAAUUCCUCUGUUUUUCUUCAUAAAAAACCCAACUCAUUUAUUUGAUUUUAGCCUCUGAUUCAAAUACUUAUUUAUAAAAUUAAAGAAUUAAAGGUGAAAAAAUGAAUGAAGCGAGGAAAUUUUGUGCAGAUUGCAAGACCACAAAAACCCCAUUAUGGAGAACCGGUCCUUAUGGUCCUAGGUCACUUUGUAAUGCUUGUGGGAUAAGAUUCAGGAAGAGGAAGAUGGCAGAAGAUGAUCAACAACAACAACAAAAACCCAGUUCAGAAAUGAGGGGAGAAAAUGAUGAUCAAGUUAAUAAUGAUCAGUUUUUGAAGAUGAAUAAUCAUAGAGAUAUGGGUAAUAUGAUUUUAGCUCAAAGAUCAUCAUCGUCGUUAUCAUCUUCGUCGUCGACUUCGUCUUCACAGUUAAAGAAACAGAGGAGUAGCAGUGAAGAUAGUAUUAACAGUAGUAAGAGAAAUUUGGGUGAAGUUGAGCAAGCUGCUGUAUUGCUCAUGUCUUUAUCUUGUGGAUCUGUUUUUGCUUAAUGGGGAUCAUAAUUUUUUGGAGGGUUGAUCGAUUAAGCUACCUCGGUCCGAAUUAAGUUGUCGUAUGGUAGUUCAAAUUACACUAUUAACGUGAUUAUUGUAUUCAAACGAAGUAAAGGAUUAGUUGAUUAGUAGUAGAUCUUUUUACUAAUCUAGUUAAUGAUUGUUGUGGUUUAGUGGAUGUUUUGUUUGAUUUAGGAGAAUGUCAUAGAAAAGUGUAGAGAAGUUUUUAGGUAAAAUGAAAGUGACAAAAGAGGUGCUAAAAAUUUGUGGCUUUUACAUGUUCGAUUUGUAACCUUUUUUUGUCACGUAUAUUAGUAGAUUUGUACAUAUAUAUAAUCUGGAUGAUUAUUGAUAAUUUUUGUUUGAUCUCUAUUAUGUAAUCAACAGUUUAGACUCUAUUAAAAAAAUAAAAAAAAAAAAUUCAACACUUUAGACUAAUUUGUUUUUGAUAAUUGCUGGCCAUCAAGCCUAUCAAGAUUAAGUUAUGUUCCAAUUUGCACCUGUUUCUGGUGAAAAUAAUGGGACCUUCAAAUAGGUCCUUUCGACUGAACUCGGUUCAAGUGGUGACUGGGUCGAGGAUUUCCUGCACAACAAAAACACGUAAAUUGGC